AUGGCUGCGGCGUUGCACGAGAGGCACUUCUUCGACAAGUUCAUCAAAAUGAACAUCCCGGAUGACUACCUGGACGCGUCGCGUUUCAGAGUAAUCCCAGACAACCAAGAAGUGUACGUACAUAAGUUUGAGGACAAAUGUUUGAUCAUAGAAAUUCUGUGCUUUCAAAAUGUGAAUAUACAAGAGAAGGGCAAUUUCUAUUUCUACGAUUUAGCCAAAGAAAAUGAUAGCGUAGAAAAUAUUAUCAUAACGAGUAACCAUUCAGUGUCCCAUUCGCAGGGAAAUUACAUUCUCCUAGUUGGCCGUCAGAAAAUUAAAAAAAAUAACUCUAGUACCUAUGAACCUAUUUUACUAUACCUCUGUAUUUUCCCCAUGGAGGAGCACAAUGCAGAUGUACUAAUAACUUGGAACGUGCCAAAGGGGAACAUGGAUGUUCACCCCGAGUUGGAGACUUUUAACGAAAUGGUGCAGUCCUUCAGAAUACUAGACUACAGUUUAUUCGUUUGA